AUGGCCGGUGAGUGGGCGGAGCACAAAGAUCCUGCAACUGGAAAGACCUACUACUUCAGCAAGCUCAACAAUGAAACUACGUGGGAGAGGCCUGCUGCUCUUCAGAAGCGUGAUUGGGUUGAGCUCAAAGACCCGGCCAGUGGGAAGACGUACUACCACAACAAGUUCACCCAAGAAACUGUCUGGCACAGGCCAGAGGUACUUGCGAAGGAUGACUGGUCUGAGCACAAAGAUGAGGGUUCUAAGAAGACAUUUUACUUCAACAAGUUUACCCAAGAGACCACCUGGGAGCGGCCAGCAGUUCUUGCGAAAGAUGACUGGAUUGAGUACAAGGACUCGGCAACUGGGAAGUCGUACUAUGGCCACAAGCACACUGGCGAAACCACUUGGGACAGGCCAGCCGUGCUUGCCAAGGCUGACUGGGUCGAGCACACGGACCCCAACACGAAGAAGCUGUUCUACUUCAACACGCGCACACAGGAGACGAGCUUGCUGAAGCCGGCAGUGCUAGAGAAAGAUGAUUGGACAGAGUACAAGGACUCGGCAACUGGCCGGCUGUACUACUGCAACAAAGCCACCAAAGAAACGACUUGGGAAAAGCCAGCGGUCCUUGCGAAGGACGACUGGACUGAGCACAAAGAUCCAGCAACUGGCAAGACGUUCUACUGCAACAAGCUGACCAAGCAGACGUUCUGGGAGAGGCCCGCGGAACUGGUGAAGUGCGACUGGGUCGAGUACAGCGACCCAAAGACAGGCAAAAGGUACUACUACAACCAGUAUACUGAAGAGACUGCCUGGGAGAGCUGGUCAGUCAUCCCCGUCGACUCGGAGACCUUGGAGCGGAUCAAGGCCCUCUUCGUCGUUACGAAGCCUGGGGAGCUGGGCCGCGGAAGGGAUGCUCACAAGUACUCCCGGGCCUACAGCAAUCUGGAGGCAGGCAAGUUGGACGAUGCCGCCAAGAGCAUGCCAGGGUCUCUGCCUCUCGGCUUCAGCGACAAGCUGGCCAGCCUCAGUGGCGUCUUCGGCGCUGGAAGCUACUUUGCCGAAGAUCCCGAGAAGAUUGAUCAGUACACGCAGCCCGAUGCCGGCCAGGCAGCGCCGGGAUUGGAGGAGCUCCACGCGCAGCUCUUCACCGAGGAGAGCCCACAUCCAGGCGAGGACACCUUUUACUGCUUUGUGGUGAGGGCCACAUGCGGCGCUGCCCUGGUCAUCGAAGGCCUGGACCAGGAACGGCUAAAGGACGUCAACACGGGCAAGCACGUCUUCCUCAAGCCCGACCGACGGCAACUCUGCCACAUCCCUGGGGCAGUUCCGUCCAUAUCCUACCACACCCUCGUGGUGGAGCUGACAAAGCGAAAGCUCCCCACAGCGGUCCUGCGGUUUCGCGAGAUUGUCCUCUUCGAGGACACGCGCGUCUAUCCGGAGUACCUCAUUGCGUACCGCCGGGUUUAG